AUGAAAAAUCAUGCAUUAGAUGUUCAAAUCUCUCUCGACGGUUGUAAAAACCUGACUGAGAAGAACAGCGCAGCAGCGGAUAAUUUCAUCGCCCCCAAUACUUGCACAAUAAAUAUCUUCACUCACACAUUUACAAUUUAUUUUCCCACACAAUCAUCCUACUCAUCAACACUUUUAAACACAUUACAAUUUCAAACCACGCCUGAAAAAGCAUAUCAGAAAACUCAUAUCAUGUAUCACAAAACGAUUACGUAA